ACCUAUUCUAUACCUAGACCAGGUAAUCAAUUUUCUCAAGAGCUUUCUCAACUAAUCGCGGCCUCAGAUGUCCGCAGCAGAAACCAUCACGUUUUUCCCCCCAACCUUGGUUCCUUAACUUUUUUCCCAUUGAGUCACUGCGAUGGCUCACGAUGUUUCAAUAAUUACCUCAUCGCGUCCUCCUUAACCGUCGCUACCCAUAUCUUCAACUAAAAAUAUCUUAUUCGCUAUGUUGGCUCUCCCGGUACGCGGCCUUAUGGGCUCGCGUGUGUUCAACCGAUCCGCCAUCCGAACCAUGGCCACGGCGCGGCGUCAAGCUUUCGAGACUAUCCCAUCUUCUCCAAUUCGAGUUAUGCGUACAGUUGACGCGGUCAGGAGAUGGAGGAAACCCCAGUACCUCGACCACAGAAUUGUUUCACUAGUACCUACAAUGGGAGCUCUACACGAAGGUCAUCUUGCUCUUAUACGUAGCGCAGCCCGCGAAAGUCACCACGUCGUCGUCAGUAUAUACGUAAACCCGGCCCAGUUCGGUAUCAAGGAGGACCUAGCUUCUUACCCCGUGACCUGGGAGUCGGAUUGUAAAAUCCUCGCCGAAUUGGACCGUGAAUUGGCCGACGACGGUGGGAAUCUAGGUCGCAUCAGCGCUGUUUUUGCACCAACUACUCCUGAGAUGUAUCCCUCGGGCUUUCCAGGCCAAGAAGUGAACUCGAAAGGGAGUUUUGUCGUCAUAACGCCAGUAAGCGAGAUUCUCGAGGGCCGCACACGACCAACUUUCUUCAGGGGUGUCGCCACCGUCUGCAUGAAACUCUUUAACAUCGUACAGCCCGAAAAGGUGUACUUUGGCCAAAAGGAUGUCCAGCAGACCGCAGUGAUCAAAAAAAUGGUGAAAGAUUUUAUGGUGCCAACAGAAGUUGUUAUUGGUCCUACUGUCCGGGAGUCCGACGGGCUUGCCCUAAGCUCUAGAAACGUUUACCUAGGCGAGAGACGACGUAAAAUCGCCCCCGUGCUGUACCGUGCUUUGAAGGCUGCUGAGCAGCAGUACUUGAAUGGAGCUCUGGAUCGAAAGCAGCUCAUGGACGCUGCUGAUCAUGUCAUUACAACCGUUUUAAACGAGCAAUUGGCGUUGCCACCCGAGAAGAGGGCGAUGUUCGAGGUGGACUAUCUCUCAUUAGCAGAUCCCGAAUCCAUGGAAGAAUUGACUAAAAUCGACCCAAAGAAGGGUGGUAUACUGAGCGGUGCAAUAAAGAUGCUGCCGGUCGAAUCACCACAACCAGGCGAAGAUCUAGGGCAUAGUGGAGGACCGGCAGUUCGUCUCAUAGACAACAUCAUUUUGAAACCAUCGACGGAAAUCUAGAGUACUUCUUUUUUUUAAUAUACCCAGGCAGUCCAGGUCCAUUAAUGAACAAACAGCCCGCGUUAGAAAGUCCGAACCUCGAUCGUUUGUCCCGUUCUCAAAUAGCUGCAGCUAUUUCUUAAGAGACUAGUUCCAUUCAACUCUGCUAUUACUGUUACUUUUUUUUCGUAUUUUCUUCUUACUAACCUUUAAUACUAUUCGCCUAUCCUGGCGCAUUCAUUAGAGGCAGGCAAUUUGAAUUUCCAAGGUUCAAGCGUGUCAAACUAAAUAAUGGGCAAUUAUUAACUUCAAUACUUUUAUAGCCUUCCAAGCUCUUGAAUACCUACCUGUAACUAUACUUUCUACUAAAAAUCAUU